AUGCGUUUCUUCAUCCCUCUCGCCCUCCUUGCCACCUCUGCGAUGGCCGCCGACAAGACUGCUGAAGACUACAUUCAGGAACUUAUUCCCGAAUGUGUGCAAAGCUGCUACACGGAUUUCUUCAAAUCUGCUACUGGAUGUGAUUCUCUCUCCGAUAACGACUGUGUUUGUGGAAGCAUCGACAAAUUGAUGUCAUUCAACGACGAAGAUGCCUUGAAGAAGGUCGAGUCGUGCGUCAAAGAGAAUGCUUCCAAGUGUAGCAAGGAAGACGGGGAGAAACUUGCAAACCUUCAGAGUAGCUUUACCGAAGCCGCAUCCAACUUUCAAUCUGCUUGCCCUGACACUGGUGCUGCUUCUGCCAUGUCUCCCUCCAACGUCCUCAUGGGUGUCGGUGCCGGCGCCAUGAUGUUUGUCGCUGCCAUCUAA